AUGCCUCUUAGCCAUCCACCAAAGACGAAUACUACCAGAGAACAAUUUCUUCAAAAUAUGCAGAAAUAUUUUCAAUCAACUACUACAGGCAAAGGUGACAUAGAUUUACUUGCAUUAACACGACCAGAUUGCAUUGAUAUCUAUCUUGACAAUAAUGACUAUUUACAUUUGUCCUGUGAUCCACGAUUAAUUGACGAUGAUGCAUAUCAACAUAGCAUGAAUAGCGUGAUUUCUAAGACUGAAAAAGUCUUGCAUCAAAAUUUAUUGGAUGAGAAACAGCACUUUUCAAUCCCAAGGCAAGGAUCAGACAAUAUAAUGGCAGGAGUCUUUUUACAACAAGCCUGUCUUCAAUAUCAAGUAUCUGACUUACUAGCUAAGAAAAUACUUGGAAAAGAAAGUGUUUAUUUAGCUCAAAGUGGAUAUGUGGCUAAUUAUGGUCUACUUCAAGCAUUGGUUAUCCCUGCGAAGACCCACAUCUAUAUUGAUACUGCUGCUCAUGAGUCACUUUGGCAAGGCGCUAGUCGUGGUAUUAUUCACAAAAUUAAACAUAAUUCUUUAGAUGAUCUAGAACAAAAUCUUCGCAGAUUUGGAAGUGGAAUUAUUGUCGUUGACUCUCUUUACUCAGGAAAAGGUUCUAUUGCUGAUCUGAUUGAACUUUGUAAUCUCAAGGAACAAUACAAUUGCAUGUUGGUAGUCGAUGAAUCUCAUUCAAUUGGAUUGUAUGGACCACAUGGUUGCGGUCUUGCAUCAUUGGGAAAUGUAACAGAUCGUAUUGACUUUAUCACGGGUAGUCUAGCUAAAGCGUAUUGUGUUCGUGCUGGAUUCAUUGCUGGUCGAGUUCAAGAGGUAUUGUAUGUGAGAGAAAAAUCAUCAUCUUCAACAUUUAGCAGCACACUUAUGAAUUGGGAUAUACAACGUCUUCAACGUGCUAUCAAUAUAAUUUACAAUGCCGAUAAAGAAAGACAAAGAUUAAUGCAUAUUGCAACAACCGUACGUCAUGCUGCAGUUACAUUAGAAUUUGAUGUCGAACAAACACCACUGCCAAGUUCCAUUUUGUGUUUGAAUGCUGGACCAAAUUUGUUCUCAAAAAAACUUCAGAGUUAUUUCGAAAAUGUUGGAAUAUCCGGUGCUAUAUUCAUACCACCUGCGACACCUCUAAACCGAUCUAUGUUGAGAUUAACAUUACAUGCUGGCUUGUCUGAUGACGAUGUCUCACGAAUCAUCAAUGCACUCGAAUUCAUUGCUCAACAUCAUCGUUCUGAUCUUCCAUAUACAUUUUCAAAGCGUUCAACUACACUUCUGAACUAA